CCUAAGAUGGCGUCGUGUGGCCGCUGGUUGUCGCUGACGUCCGGGUCCGGGUUCUGGUUCUGGUUUCUGUGUGUGGCCGCCGAUGACGGGAUCCAGAAAUGUGACGAGCUGCGGCUGGGACAAUAUGUGUGCUUAGAUCCCGAAAUAAACCCGGCAACACAAGAGCCGGUCGGAUGUGCCAACUAUACCGCUAAUGCCCCCUGUUAUCCCGCGCCGAAUAUUUCCUGCAAAGAUUAUAAGGGAAAUGUCACCACGUUCUAUGGGAAAGAAGUCGGAUUCUAUAGACCCUUUCCGUGCCGCAACGUGAACGGUUAUUCUUAUAAAGUGGCCGUAGCGUUAUCCUUAUUUCUCGGAUGGUUAGGAGCCGACCGCUUCUACCUGGGAUACCCUGCUCUAGGAUUGCUGAAGUUUUGCACGGUUGGGUUUUGUGGGAUCGGCAGCCUCAUUGAUUUUAUCCUCAUCUCCAUGCAGAUAGUUGGCCCUUCUGAUGGAUCCAGUUAUAUUAUCGACUACUACGGAGCUAGACUUGUCCACCUGACGAUCAAUAAUGAGACGUUCAGAGAGUCGCAGUUGUACCCAUAAUGCCCCUAAAUUUUUGAACAUUCCCUAACCUGGAAGAUUUUUCUUUGAUGCAGAAUACUGGGGCUCUCUUAGUUUUCAAGUGUUUUCUCGAAGAUGUGCCAAUCGCCAUUGCCGGAUAGAGGAGACGAUUGUCACAAUUUUAAGCCCCCAGUGGGUUGAUAAUUACAUUGUGGGUGAGACCGAGGAGCCUGAUGAGUGUAAGGACUGGAUCUGAAGAGACUUAUGAUGAAUUCCUGCACAUUUAUAUUUAUUGAUAUUUUAUUGGAUGUCAGAAGUCGUCACAUAAUCCUGAUGGUCUCCGAUGCAUGAGCUGUAAUGACUGGUCCGUCUCCGCCACGUGCACCGAUAUUGGCUUCAUCAGGCAAACAGAGCAGCGUUCUGAGCAGUAAAUAUAGUUUCUGCAGUCUCCAGGCUCAGAACAGAACAUUGCUUUUUAAUCUAUCAUAGUGUUAUCAGCAUCUGCCAAGAACCGAGACGCUGAAACAUAAGGAAUGAAUUAGGUUUCCGGACUAUUUGUGUUGCUGCAGCUAAAUAACUUUCCACCAUUAGAUUUCGGGAGAACAUUGUAUUGAUCGGGAAGGUGCCGGGAUUGUUUUGCAGCUUUGAUAUAUUCACACGGACCGUUACCUGUAACUUUCUUUCUGCAUUCGCGGCCGUCUCAAUCGAUGCAUUGACUUGCAUUGUCACCCGGUGUUGGGCUGGAACCGGCACCUGUAUAUUUUUGCUAAACCUUGUGUUAUAAAUAUUCUUUUGUAUGAGUUCUGCGUUCGUGGCUAUAAAUUACUGUGAUGGCAAUAAAAUGUGACCAUGACAUCACUGACGGUUCACAAAUUAUAUAUUUUUUUAAAUACAAAAAAAAAAAAUGUAUUUCUAUGUAUUAAAGAUAGGUGACAGUCCCA